GUGGACACAUCUCCAUAUCGAGAGGGUGGUACAUGCCAGCACCACAGGGAAAGGAACUUCUCUGCUUGGGACUCUUCUGGGCCUCACCUGUACAUCUCUUCAUCAGACUAUGAAUUAAAAAUCUGUACCAUAUCCUGUCUAACACGCAGGGCUUGGCUGAAGUACACCAUGCUGCUCACCCUCUCCACCUGCCUCCUCUGGCUGACUCUCAGUGGCCUGCAGACCAUCCAAGCUAAGGAUUCCAAAGAGGUCAUAAGCACCAGAAGCCCUUACCGGAACCUGGCUCCAAACAACGCUGACUUUGCCUUCAGUCUUUUUAAGAAUCUAACUACCUUGAAUCCCAACAAGGACAUCUUAAUCUCCCCCAUAAGCAUCUCUAUGGUGUUGUCUAUGCUGUCUCUGGGUGCCGGUGACCACACACGCACUCAGAUGCUUAAUGGCCUGGGCUUUAACAUCAAUGAGAUUACAGAAAAUGAGAUUCACAAGAGUUUCCAGCAUCUUCACAAUCUCCUCAGAUUUUCAGAUAUGAACAUGGGCAGCACCUUGUUCCACAGUCAGAAUCUGAAUCUUAUGCAGCUGUUCUCAACAGACACCAAACAGUAUUAUGGAUUGGAGAACUUGCCCGUGGAUUUCCAGGACAGAGACAGAAGCAGCAGUCAAAUCAAUGAGCAUAUCAAGGAUAAGACGCAGGGGGAAAUCUCAGACUUGUUCCUGGAGCUGGAGAGCACAGUCACCAUCAUCCUGAUCAACUAUGUCUUCUUCACAGGCACAUGGACACAGGUCUUUGAUCCAGAAGACACCAGGUUGGGGGACUUCUAUGUGGAUGAUACAACUGUGGUGAAGGUGCCCAUGAUGUUUCAGUCGAGCAUCAUCAAGCACCUGUAUGACUCGGAGCUGGGCUGCUCGGUGGUGCAGCUGGACUAUGUGGGCAACAGCACCGCCUUCUUCAUCCUCCCAGACGGGGAACAGAUGGACAUGGUCAUCCAGGCGCUGAGCCGAGACACACUUCAAAAAUGGGCCACUUCAGUGAUCGACAGUCGUGUAGAACUCUACAUGCCCAGACUCUCCCUGUCUGGCACCAAUGACCUCGAGGACAUCAUGAAGCUCACAGGCAUUGCAGAUUUGCAGAACAGCCAGACAGAUAUGUCCCGUAUCACCAGUAAUGUCCAGCAAAAGCUGUCAAAGGUGAUCCAGAAGAUCAAGCUGCAACUCACUGAGAAAGGCAAGGAAGCUGUCGCACCCCCAAUCUCCACCUCAGGAGGCCAAGGGGAGACCGUGCAGUCGCCCACAAUCAAAUUCAACCAUCCCUUCCUGGUCAUGAUCUUCGACAAUGUCUCCUGGAGCAGCCUCUUCCUGGCCAAGGUGGCGAAUCCAUCCUGAGGGCACAGCCAAGGGACACCAAGCUGCCCUCUGGGGAUGGGCACUGGGACGCCCAGGACUUUAAUAGCCAUGGGAGUUUCUCUGCUCUUCAGUUUCUCUUCUUGUAAUAAAUGAUUGUCAGUUGA